AUGACUACACCAAGGACCCAGACCGCUGUGAUACAGUCCAAGACGCCUUCAAGGCCGUCUGGACUCCCACUGGCUAUCACUUCAUCCAAACCAGUGCCCGAAAUCUCUUCACCAUACCAUGUUGUGGUGCGAGUGCUCGCUGUGGGUUUAAAUCCUACAGACUACAAAAUGAUAACGCACUUCUUUAUGGAAGGCAAUACUGUUGGGUGCGACUUCUGUGGUAUUGUGGAGUCGGCUGGGGCUUUGGCCUUGGUAUCGCCUGGUGAGAGAGUCUGCGGUGCAGAUUUUCCAUAUCGACCUGACAAUUCGUUGAACGGCGCUUUCGCUCAGUACGCUGUUACCGAUUCUCGCCACGUACUCCGAGUUCCAGAGAACUGGAGCGAUACUCAGGCCGCUGCACUCGGUGCUAUCGGUUGGUGUACUGCUUGUCUCGCAAUAUCAGACCCCGGGGCUCUCAAUCUGAAGGGGAUGCCCUCUCGGCCAACUGAGAAGCCUGUGCCCGUUUUGAUUUAUGGCGGAGCAACAGCAACUGGCCUCAUGGCUAUUCAGAUGUUGAAGCUAUCGGGAUACGACCCCAUUACUGUUUGCUCGCCGAAGUCUGCGCCGAUGGUUAUGGAGUAUGGCGCUGUCGGGACGGCUUCUUAUCUAUCCUCAGACAGCCUUGAAUCAGUGCAGUCCCUUGCGAAUGGGCUUCCGAUCAAGUACGCGCUCGACUGCAUCACCGAUGCAGAAUCUACCGCGUUUUGUUACGCUGCUUUAGCGCGGGUGGGUGCUCGGUAUGCUUGCCUCGAGGACUGCCCAGAAUCAUGGCGUACGAGGCGCGCGGUGAAAUACAAGGCGGUUAUGGGAUUUGAGGCACUAGGUUUUGACGUUGACCUAAAUCAUCCGGUAUACACGCGCAAGGCGAACUUUGAGCUACACGGCAUUGCCUUGCAGUGGGCUCAAGAAAUACAAUCGCUGCUGGAUCAGAGACAGAUCAAGACACAGCCAAUCCGCGAGAUAGAUGGCCAGUUCGAGGGGGUCAUCAGAGCAUUGGAAAUGCUUCAAAGCGGAGAGGUGAAAGGCGAGAAACUUGUUGUGCGUGUAUGA